AUCCACACAAAGUAGUUUCAUAUUUCUUGGUGUUCUCUUUGUUGUAUUAGAUGAAGCUUUCCGAGAAAAGUUUUUCUGGAGCUACUUUCUUGGGAAACAAGCAGAGGCUUUGGUUAUUCCUAAUUGGGCCCUUCGACUCUGAAUUGAAAUCUCCUGACAACAGGAAAAUUAGUUACUGAUUUGGGGGUUUUACAAUUAUUUGUGAAAUUGUGAAGGAAGAAAUGGAGUCAGAUCUUCAACUCUACCAUCAUCAUCAUAUUGAUUAUCAUCAACGUCAACACAAUCAGAGGCAUAUGAACUCUGGGUUGACGAGGUACCAAUCUGCACCGAGUUCGUAUUUUUCCAACAUCUUGGACUGGGAUUUCUGCCGAGAGAUUCUAAAUCAGCCUUCCAGUCCAGAAACAGAACGAAUUAUCGCGAAGUUUUUGUCUUGCGGCGAUGACGCUGCUGGUGGUAGCGGUGAUGCUAAUACAGAGAAGAUUCCAGAGCAGAAUGUUUGCAACAUAACGCCGACUUCUCCUGUUAGAGACACAACAGUGAAAAUCGAGCCGCAAACGCAUGUUAUGACGCCAAUGGAUGAUCAAACAGGGGUUUUGCAGCAGCAGCAGGCGAAUUAUUCCCCUGUUCCCCAUAAUCUAUACCAAAGCCAACCUCAACAGUAUUCGGUAAAUCAGCAACCGGGUUCAGCCACGGGCGGCGGCAAAUCGAAUCUCGUUAGACACAGUAGCUCACCUGCCGGGUGGUUCUCCAAAAUAAACAUGGAAAACAGCUAUGGAGCGAUGAGGGGAAUGGGAGAUUAUGGAAGCGCUAAUAGAAGCAACAGAGAAGCAGCAUUCCAUUCAGCAAGCAAGCCACCGGCACCACCACCGCCCUCCGGGCUGAUAUCUCCAAUUGUGGAGAUGGGGAACAAAAAUAUUAGCUCAGAAAAUGCUGGUUUUGGUGAAAAUCAUCCCAGCAAUUACUCCUCAGGGUUUCCAGCUGCUGCUUGGGACAAUUCCAUGAUGAUUUCGGAUAACAUGUCUGGCAUAAAAAGACUCAGGGAAGAUGAUAGAUCACUUUCUGGCCUUGCCUUAGACGGAGCAGAAACUAAGGACGCAGACGACGGCAAUCACGGUCGGCCGCCACUUUUGGCUCAUCACUUGAGUUUACCGAAAAGUUCAUCAGAUAUGUCUGCCAUUGAGAUGUUCUUGCAGUAUCAGGAUUCUGUUCCUUGUAAGAUCCGGGCCAAGAGAGGCUGUGCUACUCACCCUAGAAGCAUUGCUGAGAGGGUCAGAAGAACGAAAAUAAGUGAGCGCAUGAAGAAACUACAAGACCUUGUUCCAAACAUGGAUAAGCAAACAAACACCGCCGAUAUGCUAGAUUUGGCCGUUGAUUAUAUCAGAGACCUCCAGAAACAGAUCAAGUUUCAGACACUCUCGGAUAGUCGUGCAAAUUGCUCGUGUUCCUCGCAACGCCAGCGGCAGCAGCAAUGAUAGCUAAUUAAAGCAAAUUUUGCAGUUGUUGCGACCUAUGAUUAUUAUGUUUUAUGCAUAAUAACCACUAUUUCGCAAAAAAAGCAGAUACGAAAGCAGCUCGCUCUUUUGCACUAAAAAACAGGGGGGAAAUGGAUGUAUGAAAGCAUUUAUUAUGUGGGUUUGAACCGCAGAGAAAGAAGAGAGCCGGAAAAAAAGCUAG